ACCACUUUGCGCUUUUUGCCCUACGUCACUUCCUACCUCCUCUCUCGCUUCCAUCUUGCUCCCCGCAUGUGUCUGCAGUUAGUUUACAGAUGAAAGAAUCAAUUAUGAAUCAAGAAAAACUAGCUAAACUACAGGCACAAGUCCGCAUCGGCGGCAAGGGCAGUGCUCGCAGAAAGAAGAAGGUUGUACACAGAACGGCCACCGCAGAUGACAAGAAGCUUCAGUUCUCCUUGAAGAAACUUGGUGUCAACAACAUUUCUGGGAUUGAGGAGGUUAACAUGUUUACAAAUCAAGGAACAGUCAUCCACUUCAACAAUCCCAAAGUGCAGGCCUCCCUGGCAGCCAACACCUUCACCAUCACGGGCCACGCUGAGACCAAGCAGCUGACGGAGAUGCUGCCGGGCAUCCUGAACCAGCUGGGAGCCGACAGCCUGACGAGCCUUCGGAGACUCGCCGAGGCUCUGCCCAAACAGGCUUCAGCUGCAGGACUCAUCCUCUGAAACAGAAACACCCUG